GCCGCCAGACGCCAAUUGUCCGUGGAACCGGAAGCUGGACAUUUGCCGUCGAGCUCGUCGGCAUUUGGGCAAUUGGAGUUCCGCAUCGAAGCCGUCGAUCAGGGCGUCCCUCAACUCACCGCCAGCGCCACCAUCCUCCUUCAACUCGUCGACGUCAACGAUCAUCCGCCCGAGAUCUUCAUCUACUACCUCAACCAAAAAGAGUCGUCUGCUGCCAAGACGACAGGCCGGUUCGCCCCGGCAACCCGGUACAUCUGGGGCCAGUUGACCGAGAACUCGGGCCGAGUCAUGGUUGCCCAGGUGACGGUGACGGAUCCUGACGCCGUCGGAUCGGACAGUGAGAUCUCGUGUCACGUGAAUGAUUCGCGUUUCUCCCUCGAUCCCAUACCCCUGUCUGGUGUGACGGCCUGGACGCCGGGCAUCUCGCCGACGGACAACUCCGAAGUGCGUCUGCUCUCGGAGUCUGGCGCCACUCGAAUGUACAAACUGAUGGCCAUCACCUCCCUGGACCGCGAGGCCUUGGCUACCACCGGCCAGACGACCUCGGCUUUCGGUCUCCCCGGCAACGCAGCCACUGGCCCACGACGACCCGUCCAUGUCAGAUUCAACCUCGUCUGCUCGGACAGCUCGACUCAACCGUUGUUGUCGGGCGGCAAGUUGACCUCGACCGUCGAGGUCAGACUAGAGCUGGUCGACGUGAAUGACAAUCCGCCGAAAUUCGACCGAAAUAUGUACACUUUCACAGUGUCCGAGAACAGACCGGCUUUGCAAGAUGGUAUUUCGGCGAGUGCCUCGAAGACUCCGGCUUCCGGUGCCUUGAGCCGAUACUUCCUCGGUCGAGUGCACGCCAGCGAUCCCGACGAUUCUGCGAAUGGCGCCAUUGAAUAUCUGCUCACCUCCGAGUCGGGCGCUCCACCAAUCGGCGUUGAGAUUGAUCCCGUCACCGGAUCACUCUACGUGGUGCGUCCAUUUGACCGGGAGACGACGAGUCAAAUUGUCUUUCAGGUUCUGGCCGUCGACUCUGACCGAUCAGAUCGGCCGGAGCUCAGAAGUGCUGUUCGUUUGACGGGCAGUAGUGAAAUACGUCUGCUGGUGGCUGACGUGAAUGACUGCGCUCCGAUCUUUCAGGAAACCAACUACCACUUUGAGGUUGAGGAGAAUGUAGAUUUGGCUCAGGUCGGUCGUGUCUGGGCGACCGAUGCCGAUCAAGCGGCAGCCGGUGAGAUCGUCUAUCGUUUGGGCGUCGAUCUGCUGCAACAUCUGCGCUCAGAGUCGGUUGCCGCCAGCAACGCUUCCCCUCUCCUCCCUUCCAGACAGAUGACAGCCUCGUCGUCCGGUGUCCAGGACCUACAGGCAGAACUGAAAGAGGUGAACAGUCGAUUUCAAGUCGAUUCUCGUACCGGUUUGAUAAGACUGAGAGGCCGUCUCGACCGAGAACGUCGUGCCCACUACGAGUUCAUUGUGCUUGCCAUCGACAAUCCUCGCUCCAAACAGACUCGAUCGUCACUCGGUCUGCUCCGGUUCACACAAUCGAAUGGGGCAAGAAAUCCCAUCCAUCCCGAGGAAGACUCGGUACAGUUCACAGCUACUGCAACUGUGCUGGUCAGUGUGCUCGACCAGAACGACAAUCCGCCCAGAAUUAUAUCGCCUCAAAAUCACGCCGAGUUCAUUCUGACUCCGGCUCAACUGAUUGCCGGAAACACCAUUUUUACCAUCCGCGCUGAAGAUGUGGACUUUGGAGAAAAUGCAACAAUUGAAUAUGAUCUGAUUCAUCUGCCACGCCGGCCAGCCUCGACUGGUCGACAGAAUACAGUUGCCGUAAAGCUGAGUCUUGCAAGUCAUGCCGAAAAUGCGACGAUCAGUGAUGAAGUGAAUUCACUCCGAUCAGCUUUUCAGUCUGGAUCCGAAAAGCUGGCACAAACGAGUAACUCCAGCUCUGCCGAACAGUUGAUCAGUCGAUCAGUUUCUGCUUCAGACCUGCAGAAUGUUGGGGACGGAUCCGAAAUUGUGGAACCCGAGAGUGUAGAAGACGCCAAAGACGCCGAGGCAGUGGAGGAGUUUCCAUUUGCCAUCGACAGAUCGGCUGGCAUCUGUUACUUGCGCCAAAGUGUACCACAACUUCCGGCUGAUGGCCGACGCAGUUACGUCUUCCGAAUUGUAGCCUACGACCUGGGCCGUCCAAAGCGUUUGAAUAGUUCCAUGAUUGUGCGAAUUGUUUGCCAAAGUCCUUCCACUCUCGACUCUAUGGCCAGCAGGUUGAGUGGAUCUGAUCUCUUCUAUCCGAUCGGUGGCUCUCCACCCACAACCGGCAUACACGGACUAACCUUUGGCUCCAGUUCUAACGGAGGCACUGCAGACGACUACUCUAUUCAGGCUCUUGGUCCGUACAAUCCAACCGGUCGGACGAUUUCAGAUCGUACUCUCGUCGUCAUCUUGACAACCGUCUUUGUCCUCCUCUCGUUGACCACCCUGGUACUCUUGUUGCUAGUGCGAUAUCGAACAUUCUUCAUGCGCAACCUGCCGAGCCGACAGAAGACCGACAAAAGCUAUGUUUCAGGUGAAUUUAUAAUUUCUACAAUUUCACUUCUUGCUAGUCUACACCUCGUCAACUUUGCCUAUCCUAUCUGGAGCUUACUACAGUUGACGCAUUAG